CAACCCUGUUGGACCACGCGGACAGACGUCCUCCAAUCAAAUCGAUUCUCCCGUUCGGGGAGUGCCCCAUUGUCCAAUGAGGAGGCAGCAUGGGAGUAAGGGGCGGGACAUCCAGGAACGGAGCGGUUUGGACCAUUUGUUAGAUUCCGGCGGGGAGCACCCACUUUGGAAUCAUAGAAUGGAACUGGCCACAUGGUAUCAGGUGAAGAGUAAUCACUCAGAAGUUUAGUUGCCCCCACUUUGUGCAUGGUGUGGAGGAACUACCUGGCUUCUGUUCUGUGGCAUGAAGUGCAUAAUUACUGGGGGCAAUGUAAAAGCCCUGGGGAAAGCGAUACAUUCACUCGCCCGUAUUGGAGAUGAAAUCUAUGUCGAACCUCUACAGAAAGGGCUGUCCCUGCGCACAGUGAAUGCGUCUCGCUCAGCUUAUGCCUGCUUCCUGUUUGCCCCACUCUUCUUCCAGCACUACCAGCCAAAGGAAUCAGGAUCUGAUCCAGAUACAGAUGCUUUCCGAUUCAAAGUGCUUAUAAAGUCUUUCCUGGCUGUGUUCCGUUCACUCCCCGCCCUGGAGAAGACUGUGGAGAAAUGCCUUAUCUCGCUGAGUUCCCGUGCUAGCCGGUUCCGAGUGCAGCUCCACUGUAAAUAUGGUGAGGCUCUGGGAAGGAGUGUUCCAGCCUGAAUAUGCAACAGAUUAGUCCUGGAAGACUGCUUAGCUGAGGGCACAGUUUUGGUGCACUGGAAAUCUGAAUAUAGAAAUUGUCACCAGAGAUCCAAGCAAAGAAGGGGGCACCCGUGAGUGGCUUCAUAUGCAUUUGGUGAAAACUGACAAAAGGGAAUUUAUUGAUGGUCAGUUGUCAGUCACAAUGCCUUUUCUUCACUGUGCCUUGAGGUUAGAGUGUGGACUAUAUGGCUUCAGCCUACAGUUCUCGUCAGCCCGACUCAGCAUGUCCAACAGUAAGGAAUGAUGGCACUUUUAGCCCAACACACGCCUGGAAAGACAAAGGUUCUGUCAAUCCUACCUUCUUGAGUAAAGAGCCACAGAAAAUUCGUAGCAGUGUUGAAGUAAGUCUCCUGGUGAUGCUUGCCAGGAGGUCCAAAUACAGAUUGCAUUACUUCUUACCCAUUGAAGGCUAAGGGGGAAAUGAGCAGUGGCUGGUAUCUAUAAAAUGGCCAUGGUAAAACUUUACACAUCUGGCCAAAAUUCUAACCUCACUUGGGGCCUUGUGAUUUAGAGGAUGCAUCCAUUGACUUUCUCUAAAGCCCCAUGGGAGGUAGUGUUUCUCUCCUUGUGAAUAACAUUGCAUUGGGUCUGUCCUGGGGCAUUUUGAAGUCUGAGGUGGAACUGUCCACCUUACCCAUCAUGUUACAUAGUAUCCACAGCGUGUUGGUGCCUAAAGCAGAAAAAUCCAACAAGUAUUUCUCUUGUUGCCCUUACAGUAAGACUAAAAUAAUAACAAAUUAAUAAUUUAACUGUUUCCACAUUAGUCUAUCUAAGAUAUAUUGGAAUCCUGUAGCAUUUUCAAGACUAAGUGAGAAAAAAGAGAUUUCUAGCAUAAGUUUUUGUGGUUCCACUUCAUCAGUUGCCUGUUAUGGCCAGCUGUACAUCAUGUGAAGGGACAGUGGGGCUGCGCAUUAACCCUGGCCUUCCAUUGUUCUCUUGGCCCAGUCCCUAUAUUUUGAUGAUUGGAGAAAUAUCUGAAGUAGAGGAAGCUUGCUGCAUGCUCAUAGACUGCCACACACACACACACCAUUUGCUGAACCCCUACAUAGGGUUUAUGCAUUCAGCAGGCUUCUUCCCUCUAGCCUUUCUUCCAGUCCAUGGACAACAUGAAGUUGAUGGAGUGGAGCGAAUGUGCAUGGCCCUGUUAUUUUUUCAUGCAGUUGUUAGCCAUGUGGAGUAGAAGGGCUUAGGAUAUAUAGCUGUUGUGUUUACAAGUCUGUCCCCAGGCAGUACCCUUUACAAAUGAUAACAACUUGCCACAGAUAAGUCCAUUUCAGAUUAGAGCCCAUAUUUAUUGUGAUUAUUGCAUUUGUUUGUAUUUCAUUCUGUCUUGCUGGACAAAAUGUAGAAAACUUUAUUUCUCUAAUCAUAAUCAAUGUCUGAUAGGCCAUUUAUUCUGAACUGUCAUUUCAAACUACAGUAGAUAGUAUGAAUUACUGUAGGAUUCUCAGUUUGUUCACAUGUGACUGCAUGUAAGCAGCUGAAACAGGCCUCUGUUUACUGUAUUGAUUG